AUGAUGUUCUUGGCUGUCAAGUUUUUAUGCUGGUGUUUGCCGGAAGUCCACAAUCCGCUCAAAUUCUCACGCCCGGAUCUGAGCGACAACCCGGCCGAGCUGAACCGAUUUCACCUGCGGAGGGCCCGCGACUAUUUUCAGCAAUAUCACAGGAAUCGGGCAAGACUGUUCGACUUUUCGAUUACGAUAAUGGCCACCAACAGCCGACAGCACUUCUUGAUGCAGAAUCUCGGCUAUCUGCUCGACGAGUUCCGUUUUGAAAAACGUCCUUACAUUGAGAUCUGCCUAUUGGAGGCGGAUGGGGCGCAAAAUGCCGAGAUUCUCGAAAGCUUCAACCAUUUUAACGUGUCUGACCCUUCAAAAGCUGGUCAGCCGCUUUCCGGACUUUCCGUCGAACGAGACUGGUCAGCCUCCCAGCAGUGUCUGCUGGCAAGCGAUCGAAAUUCACCGUAUGUUUUACUGUUGCAAGAAACGGCCGGGGUUCUUGAUAAUUUUGCGGAAUUGAUGCAGUUAGCUGUAAUCGCGGCGCUCUUCCUCGGAGCCCUCCAUCGAUAUGGUAUCGUCAAAAUGGAUGCGGCAGAUACCCGAAAAACGAUAGUUAAUGCCUGUUGUCUAUACCUAUUCCUAAUCUACCUCCUCUGGCUGGGGAAUGGCGUUGUGUUGCUCCCAAAGCUACGAUACUUCUUCGCUGAUCGCGUGUAUUUGACGACACCAAGACAGGACGACAUGUUGGCCGUUUUGUACAGGACCUCGAUAAUCGACGAUAUUGGCAAAUGCAGCGCCGUCUUUCCGCUUAUGAGAGACUACCGCUUCACCGGCCGCUCCACCGAUUUCAACCUCUUUGCACCGCUUGCCUUCACA